AUGGCGGCCGCGGUGUCGGUGCCAGCGACUCCGGUCACGGGCCAGCUGCUUCGCUUCGCAGGUGCACCACCGAGUGAGCAGCUGGUCUUCGGCAGCCACUUGCAUUGGCUUCCACCCCGACCGACAAGACGGUCCUGGUGCACGAGCCACUUGUCAGUCUUCAGCCUGGCUCGCACGUCCCAGCGCCUGCGUCAGCUGCGAGUGCGAGACGAGGACCGGAGCCGCUGCUCUGCAGAAGUGAUGCUGGACUUCGAGCGCAAAGGCUUUCUGAAGAUGCCGCAGAUCUUGGCCCCGGAGGAGGUGGACUCACUGAGCGAGCUGGUGAGCGCCACCUGCCGCUCUGAAGAGUGUGUGCUCGAGGCACUCCGGCAUCAGAUCAGGGUGCAGUAUGGCGCGGCGAGCGCUACAUCUUGCUGGGAUAUUGCUGCUUGCCGGGCCAAGCUGAGAAGCCUGGAGAGACGUGGAGAGAUCAGCUUCCUUCAGUACUUCAACUUACAUCGCCACUGCGGGGAGCUCCGGGAGCUGGCUUUGUCUCCGCGCUUCGCCUUCUGGGCUUCCCGGCUCCUGGGCGUGCCGAGGGUGCGUCUCUAUCAGGAUGCCCUCUUCGAGAAGCGCCCAGGUGAUGGGGCCACCGACUGGCAUUCAGAUUUGGGCUUGGCCCCUUUCGAUACCAACAGCUUUGUGACCAUAUGGUUGCCUCUAACAUCCAUUUCGAUGAAGGGCUCGUCCCUGGUAUAUGCCAUUAGCAGCCACAAAGAUUUCGUGCCAGCCCCAGGCGUGCAGGUUUCAAGGAAGAGACAUGAGAGCCUUGUAAAGGCACGAAAGCGCGGCAUGUCACCGCAUUCCUGGAUAGCAGCUGAGGCACUUCCCUUCCUCGGAGAUGUUGACGAAGACCUGAGUGGCAGGUACAAGCUCCAGCGCCUGGAACUCGGCUCCAGACACUUCGGUGACUGUUUUGUCGGUAUCUGGAGCCCAGGCACUGGUGGCCUUGUUCCCGGGGACGCCACUGCGCACCACGGCUGGACGUUGCACAGCGCCGCAGGCAUCCCAAAGACGGCUCCGCCGCGGCUGGCGUGGACCCUGGGCUUCGUAGCCGAUGGAGCACGGCUCCGGCGUGGUGAGCUGGAGCUUGGGGAGGACGCCGUGUCCUACGAGGCCUGGGCCAAAGAGCUCGGGCCGGGUGCACGAGUGGAGCAUCCCAUGGUUCCCCUGCUGCUCUCCACUCGAGCAUUAGCUGAGCUGGAGCUGAUUUUGGCCGAGGACCCUCUCUCUGGCGGGGGGAAAGCUCACGAAGCGGUCGCCAAGCACGGCGAACCUGCUGCAGUCGCUACAGUCCAGGCGGCUCCAGAAGAGGCACGGGCGGCAUCGGUGGCCCCACGGCUCGAAGACUUCGACGGCCUCUGCUUGAAGCUGCAGACGCUGGAGCUCACCCCAAGCGCGGCGCGCAAGAUCAGGGCUGCCGAGUCCGUCUGGCUGCGAUGCGGCCUCGACCUGGGCCGCGGUCAGGAGGACCUCUUGGUCACCUGCCCCACUGCAGGCCUCGCGGCAGCCUGGAGUCGAGAGCGGCGCCUUCAGACGCGACUUUUCAUGGGCUGUGCAGAUAGGUUCUCGAUUGCAGUGCGCAGCGACUCUCAUCUGUCAGUCUUGGCAAUCAGGUUGCAAGUGAAGCUGCUGAUCAAAGGGCAGCGAAAAGGUGGCGCGGCGCACUCGACCAACUCUUCCAACUCCGCGCAGAUGCAAACUAUUGCCCAGGCUGAGCUGCUCUGGUUUGCAGCCCUGCUGGACCCGGGGAGCGCUUGCCCCUUCGUUGCGGAGCUGACAGACGGAGGGAAGGCCGGAGCCGCUGCCGUUGGCCGGCUCCAGCUCUCGCUGGAGCUGACGAGCAAAGGAGAAGGUCCUCGCAGGCCGCUGCCGACCGAUGAGUGCAACAUCCAUGUCAGACUUUGGCUUGGCACCUUCAGCCCCCUGGUGACUCCGAGCUCGGUUGCCGAACUACGUGCUGUGCUAAAGCUGGGGCAGCAGCAGGAGAUCAGUAUGAGUGUGCAGAAAGAUGCUUUGGGCAUCGGUCGCGAUGUGGUCUUCGGGCAGUCGGCGGUGUCAGCAUCGAGCAUCUGGCAGGUUCAGAGAGAAACUUUCGCUUGCAAGGGGCCCUGUCCCGCUUGCAUCUUCGUGCAACUGUGGAGCGGUGCAGAGCUUUGUGGUCUUGCGAAGCUGCUGCUCGAACCUUUCCACAAGGAAUCCGCACAAGAGCUGAUCAGUUUGCAGGGAUACAGGACCAUUUUCGAUGGUGAGCUGGACGUCUCUGCCGUCGUCAACGACACGAGCAUUGGAAAGCUUCAGGUUUGUGCUCAUGCUGGGCUGGCGCCGGUGCUGUUGCAACUCUCUCGAGAAGCACCGCAGCUGGAAGUUCAUGUCGAUCCUCGGGAUGUCUCCUCCGCCUUGCUGCUGUUAGCCCAUCAGAGCUUCGACUUGAUUGCUGAGGGCCUCAAGGCGGCGGUUCUGCAGCACCUGGAGGGAAAGCAGCUGGCAGAAGCUCUUCAAGAUCUAGAGCCGCUCUUGACGUUUACGGAAGCCUCUGCCCUUGUGAAUAGCAUCAAGGAGGGAGGAAGCCGUUCCGUCGAAACUUCGAGAUUUCUGGAGCUACUUCGGUCACGUAUGCUUGCGGUGCAAGAAAGCUUUGACCAAGUGAUUCGUGAAGUUGGGGACGAAGCUGGAAGCUUGGCCUUGGAUUUCCUGGAGGUCGGCAACCCUGCUUGGCUGCAGAGGCAGGAUGUGGCCAGAGCUCUGAAAUUCCGCGGCCUGGACUUGAGCUGGGCCUGCUUGGAAGGCGUCUUCCUGGCCCUCGGCUGCCCUGAGCCUUCCGGCGCCGUUUGUGCGGAGAAGUUCGCCCGACUCUUCCGGCACCGAGCGGAGCUCACAAAGCGGAGACGGGCCCGGCUCCGGCACUUGGAAGCCGAGGCCUUGGCUCAGUUGCGGGCCGUGAGGGGCCCAAACGGAUCGAGGCAGCGGAUGGAGGAACUUGUGCUGAGGCAUUCCCGGGCCGACGGGACGCUCGAUGCCCUCGGCUUGACGGUGAUGCUUGCAGAGGAGGGUCCAAGUCUGCCACGGACGGAUGUGGAUGAUCUGGUGCAGUUGCUCUUCGAGCGGUUUGGAGUGAAGCCAGGGGGCCGUGUGUCAUCAACCCGCGUUCUGCAGUGGCUUGUUGGCACGCAAGGGUCAGUGAUUCAAUCGUCUCUUCGAGACGUGGACUUGAACUCGGCUUCACAGCCAGCACAGUUGCUGGCCAAAUUGGCCGCUGCAAAAUUACCCGCACAGGUGCCACUGAAGGCCGAGCCCCAGCCGGAACCUGUGACGUCACCUUUGACGAAGCAGGCCCCUGCGGAAGUUUGCAGGAGCACAGCAGACGCUGAGGCAACAGUGCAGGCAACGCUGCAACUGGCACGGCCAUUGAGAAGCGGCAUGGAGCAGCAGCUGUCAGAAGUUCUCGCUGCGUCCCUGGGUCUGGAGACAGCUAGGCUUCGCGUCCUUGGGGCCGAAGAAGGUGCCUCGCGCAUCUGUGUGCAGAUGCGACCCCGGUCCUCGUCUUCCCAAGAUGUCGUGGCGAAGCUCGCCCGUCAGCUGGGGGAUCCUGCCUCGAGCCUCGCAGCCAGUUCGCUUGGCGCCUACUUCUGCUGA